AUGGACACAUUGUGGCUGAAGGGUCUGGUAUAUGGAAUAUUAUUCUUCGAAACUGUCCAAUCCGUUAUUUAUCUGGACUUCGUCUACUCUGUCUACUACAACGUCGUCACCCAUUUCUCCGAUCCCUUCAACCUUUCGGCAUCCCAUCAGUGGACAACAAGACUACUUGCACCGGCAGCUGGUGCCACAAUUGUGCUUUGCCAAAGUUUCUAUGCCUACCGGGUGUACCGUGUCGGCGCGCUCUACCUCUACCGGCUACUCAUUGCCGCUGCAAUAAUAAUCAUGACGUGCACAUUCGGCUUCACGGCAGCGUCCGCCGUCGCAGGGGCGGAAUUACUGCCCGGUCACCAACUCGUGUACUACGUCAACGCGGGUAUGAUCAUGAGUGUCCUGGGCUUGCUGGCUUUCGUAUUCGCUAUGACACAUCAUGGGAGCUUCAUUUACAUUGGCUUCAGCGCCGUCGGGGUCAAAGUGUAUGCCAACUCCGUCCUCGCGAUCAUCAAUUGUCGCCAACAUCUCUCGGAUCGCGGGCGCGCCGGUUUUGAGAUGGGGACGCAAGUGCAAGAUGGCGUCGCGGAGUCGGAGUCAGCAGCCACGGAAAACCAUGCGGAGCACGAUAAGCUCAACACAACUAGCUUCGAGUAA